AUGACCUGGUCCCCGAAAACCAACAACAACAGUGCCGAAAGUAGCAACACAAAUGGCAACAGCAGUGGAGCUAACAAGGCCAGCAACAGCACGAGUGCCAGCAGCUCCGAUUCUGACCAUUCCUGCUCCAAAUACGAGGCGUCCGCGCGACAAACUGUCAGACAAGCUCAGAAAGUGUCCAAUCCUGAGGCGAUUGUAGGCAGUAGCAAAACCGACCACAUUAGCCUCAACAACAACCAUAGCAACGGCAACAGUUGCGGUCUAAGCAAUCAGUUGGACAGCAGCACCAUUUCGGUCAACAGCAUCUCGACGCCCACCUGCGGACUGGGAGGAGGAAAGACCAGCGAUCAGUCUGGCAGCGAUCGGGGAAAUGCCACUCUUUCCUUCCUAUCCUCCCUCCAGAAGGGCUCCACGAACCCCUACUGCCUAUCGGACCGCUGCUUCGUUGCACGGAAUUGUGGAGCGGUAAAGAGUGAUGAGGCGGGUGACGAAGUCGGUGACGGCGACGGCGACGAUGAAGGUGACAGGAGCCAGCCGAGGAGGAGAGAGGAAAUCGGAGGGGUCGGCUCCAUUACUGGACUCUCGGAAAAUGGGGAUGAUGACGAGGAGGAAGACGAAGAGGAGGAGGGGGAGGAGGAGGAGGAGGAAGAGGAGGGGGAGGGCGAGAGUGAGGGAGAAACAAAUGUCUACGUCGAGGAGCAUGCGAAACUGGGCCUCUAUUUCCAGCCGCCGGCCAGCUUCGUCGACGACCUGACGCAUCGAGAUGUUAUGUUUCCCAGGCAACCCGGCAGUCCUUCCGAAGGCCAGCAUUCCGGACUAGAGCGAUCAGCAAUGCCGAGCAACGGCUACUUUACCGAUGUCUACCCUCUGGCACACACACUCUCCUACCCCGCGACCGCAUGUUACUACGCCUCUUCGCCCCAGACGCCCGUAUAUCGCCAUGGCAACUCGACCUACCUGCUGGCAGACUAUGCCUCGACCGACCCAAUGUCUUUGGCUAGUUCAGAUGCCCGUCUUCUUCAGCCCCAGGCCCAGGUUCAAGGCCAGUCCAGCUGCCUUUCGGGCCCAACCUCUUCGCUCAUCUUACCCACGCCCUACCAGCCGCAGGGGUCAAGCUCAUUAUCGUCAGCCGCUUCCUCCCCAAACGCUGUCGCCUCCACCUCCUCGUCCGUGUCGGCGUCGUCGACGUCGACGUCGUCAUCGUCGUCGUCGCCAGUCGCCGAUCGGAUCCAUCGGCGUGUCACCAAACAGCUCAACUCCGAGCCGACCCCAAGCUCGCCCUUCCACCGGCCGCCGCAACUCUGUUGUCCAGCCUUCGGCCGGCUGCCUGAGGACUCGGCCGAGCGAAUGUCGACGCCUUCGGGCUAUCCCGUAGCCGAUGGUCCGGCCUGGCCAGCCGGCCUUGCAUUUGCAGAGACGGCAAGACCGAGCCGGGACAGUGGCUCACGUCCCCCCCUACACACCGCGAUGCUUUACCAGGCCUCCUUCCCGGAGUCCCUUGUGCCAGAGGCCGUCGACGGUGUGAACGGCGACGGCGACGUCAACGCCGAUGUCAACACCGGAGCCGCACCUCCGUCAGCUGGAGGCUAUCCCCUCGACUACCUCCAAUUCGCCGUGGCUCCUUCGCCUCAGUACCCUGCUCCACGGCUUCGGGUGCCGGGGACUCGACUCGCGGACAAGUCGUCGACCGGCACGGAGCCCAAUUUCAUGAAAUUGAUCACUCCGUCCGGUCGGCUUGGCGUCUGGCCUUCGCCACAUCCGCCAACCGAUGGGCCCGGCUUCGACUGGCUCGACGUCAAACAUCACGAAAGUGCCACUGUCACGUCGUCCAGCCUCGCCUAUUCGCAACGAACAGUUGAUACGAUGCGAUCGAGUGCAGUCAAGACGUCCGAUGGUGCCAUGUUGCCGAACAGUCGCCUCGACGAAUUCGCUCAACUCGAAAUGGUUCACUUUGCCACCGCCGCCGGUGCCUUUACUUCGUCCAUGCCAGCCUCAAGCAUGUUGCAGGCGAGGCCACAAGCAAGCGGUUGA